UGUUCCCCUAAACCAUGCUGUGUUUGCUUAAAAAGCGUAUCGCACGGUACCAAUCACAAAAGCAUACGGCUACCUUGGUCCUCUCCAGUCUCCGUUCCUAAAACCCCAGAAGCGCAGGACCAAAAACCCGAAGGUUGAUUUUGGCCAUGAAUUCAAUAUGCAGAGCAAUAACCACAAAAAAACGCCUUCUUCCCUUGCGUCCCCUACAGCUUCUGCAAUCUCACUACGCCACCACCACUGGAAAAACUAAACCCAAAACCCAAAACACUAAAACCAUCACUAAACCUCCUCCUUCCGAACCACCACGACAACCACCGCCAAAGGUCGAUUGGCCUAGGCCGGUCGAAGUCCCGUUCCAGCCGAAGGUUGCCAAUUCAGUGCGCCUCAUUGGUCACGUGCAUACCCCUCUUCAAUCCCAAGCCACCCCUGAUGGGAACCUUUGGGCUGCCACCAUUCUCUCCUCUUCUUCAUCUUCGUCUCAUCCUCUAAAGAUGCCCAUAAUAUUUGAGGGUGACUUGGCUCAUAUUGCCAGUUUGCAUUUGAAAGAGAAUGACUUUGUGUUUGUAGCUGGAAGUUUGAGGUCGGAUUUGCUUCAUCUAAAUGCUAGUAAGGGCCAGACCCCUCUUCAGGUUAUGGUGCAUACUCUUUAUUUUGUCGAAGAAUCUUCUCAAACGAAAAAAAGCUCUAAAGAUGACAGACAAGAAGAAAAGACCAUUGAUCACACAGUAGCAGCGGGUGUAAAGGAGGACGUGGAGAAAUCAUGGAAAAAUCUCCUCACGUGGAAAGAUCUCCUUGCCAAGCCUCAUGAGUGGUGGGACAUCAGGUUGAAAGAGGAUAAUCCGAAGGCUGCAGCAUUUGAACGGAAGAAUAAUGGCGAAGUACUUCGGAUUGACGACUCAACUCCUGAAUGGAUCCGAAAUAAGUUAGAUUCCACAACAUUUGAUCAGAAACCUAUAUCAGAUAGUUGUGAAACCAGCUUGAAGAAAGAUGGGGAUUCUACGUUAGGUCCUUGGAGAGACCUUCUUGAUAAUCCAAAACAGUGGCGGGAUUACCGCAAACCCAAGCUCAAUGGAUUGGUAAACCCGAACUACCCUGAUUUCAAGAGCAAGGAUGGUAGUCAUGCACUCUGGCUUAACAAGGCACCACAGCCGGUUUUGUCAGAACUUGAAGGCAUGGAGUUUGGUGUUCAAAUUCAGAAGUCAAAACAAGCAAAGGAGAGUAGAGGUGAUGAGUCCUGGAAGGACUUGGUGGAAAACCCGGGUAAAUGGUGGGAUAAUAGAUUGGAAAAGCGGAACAAAAAUGGUCCGGACUUUAAACACAAAGAAACUGGUGAAGCACUAUGGCUCAGCAGUUCUCCGGCAUGGGUGCUACCUAAGCUGCCACCUUUAAGAACUAAGCAAGCUGUGACGAUUGGCAAUACGCCUCCCGCAUGAAACAAGCAAGCAUCUGUUAGUUGUGUUUGAGCAAAUCCUGGAAAAUGGAUUUUGGCUGUCCUGAUAUUCCAAUUAUUCUGAUGUUUUGCAACUUAUUGCACCUGUUUAUAGUAGCGUCGGAGACCACAUGGAUGAUUAUUUACUUCUUCCAUCUUGCCCUGCUCAUGUUUAAUAUA